AUGGAGGCUCCCAGACCUCAAGUGCUCCACAGGGAGGCUCCAAGACCUCAAGUGCUCCACAGGGAGCUCCAAGGCCUCAAAUACUCAACAUGGAGGCCCAGAAGCUCUGGUCAGUCGAAAUCGACAGGAAAACCAACUCAGCAGAUCUAUGUUGACGGAAGUGCCCUAACUGCCAUCAAGCACGCUUUGGAUCACGUCCAAGACAAAGGCAAAAGCCAUGUCAUUUACACCGAUUCGAAUUAUUCACUAGGUGCAAUAAACGGACCCCGCGAAGUGGGUGGCCAAAAGAUCGGUGCGCCUCAUUCUUUGGGUAAAAACCAGGGUCUCGUUACAAACAUACAAACCUCAAUGAAUGAUCCCCACUUAAAGGGAUAUGACGUCGAGGUCAGCAAAGUUGAAGGCCAUUCAAAUGUUCAUGGCAACGUUCAGGCUGAUAAUCUGGCCCACAAAUCGGUCGGUGAUGGUUAA